CCUCCCUAGACAAAGUGUGCAAUGCCACCUUUUGCUCUCGUAUUUACUGGGCUCCGCUAGUCCACUAUCUAAGCUCAUUCGACAACGCUGUCCGGCGCUUAUUUAAGACCGCUAAAAUUAACCUGCGACUUUUUAACCUUCAUACUCAAAUACCAAAAAUACUCAAAAGUCAAUGGCGACUUUCCAUCCCUUCCCCCGCCUUACCCUCGAACUACGCAUCCAGAUCUGGGGAUUCGCGACGGAGGAUCGAGUUCUUAGAGUCAGAAAAACAUGGAAUCACAACCAAGGUUAUUGGUCUCCCACUGCAGUACCAGCUGUAACCAGAGCAUGUUCGGAAUCCCGCGAACAUUGCAGCUACCGAAAAGCCUUUAUCAUUAACUCGUCUCCACGCUACAUUUGGGCGAACUUUGAUUGCGACGUUAUACAGAUGAGAAGCAGACUACUAGCAGACAAAAAUAUCCUGGAAAGAGAUGAGGUUAGGCAUUUAAGGAUUGAGUUAGUGAAUGAACAGGGGUUGGAUGAGUCAGAAUUUUUCUACCACAACCACGUUCACAAACUCCCCGAUUUCCCUAAGCUAGAGAGCUUUAAUCUCUUAGUGAGUGAUGGGUUGUGGCCGCAGUGGACAGACUUUAUUAAAGAGACGUACUGGGGAGCGUGUCCAAGGAGGAAUGUUCGGAUUGUGGAUAGGAGGACAGGGGAGUGGAUUGAUGAGGAGACGAGCGGGGCGUACCAUGACUACCGUGAUAGUAAUGGGGGGAAAAACGAUAAUUAUACGAGGGUGGUGGAUGAUGAGGAAGAGGAGGAGGGGAGGAUGGAAGCGAUGAAACGGCUUCAGAUACCCCUGCCGCGGAUUGAUUUGGAUUAUUGAUAGUACCGAUACUAUCACUGUAACGAUCAUUCAAUAGCACUGUAACUCUAGUGGCAAUAUCAAGUGGGCGAUAUCGACCA